UAAGCAUAGCCAGGAUUAGCUUGGAUGACAGGAAAAAAUAUAGGUUAGAAUCUGCUAAAAUUGGAUUACAUUUUUAAAUAGCAGCAAAGAUGUUUGCUAAAAACUUAUUAACGUCUAAUGUGAUCCAAAGGCAGGCGAAACGCUUGGCCAGCAAAUACAGAGCUGCAAUAUUGAAAAAGCAUGGCGAUUCAUUGGUUAUUGAAGAGGUGAAGCAAAAGUCAUUGAAGAACAACCAGGUUCGAAUAAAUGUUGCUUACUGCAGUGUUAAUAGCAUAGAUGUUAAAACAUUUAGGGACACUGCAACGCCAGUCCCAUUCGUACCUGGUUAUGAAUUGACUGGGGAAGUCCUGGAAGUAGGUUCUGAUGUCUCACCAGACAUUAUCUCAGUUGGUGAGAGAGUGGCUGCAUUGAACUUAAAUAAAUUUGGAGGAUUAGCACAGGAAUGCAUUGUGGAUAUGGAAGAUGUUUGGAGGGUUCCAUCUAAUUUACCAUUGAUGGAUGCAGCAGUGAUUUUAUUGGGUCAUAGCACAGCUCUUUAUACAUUCAGUAAACUGUUUCCUUUGGAUGCUAAGCAAACUGUUGUUAUUAGUGCAGCAACUGGAGGCAAUGGUUUGGCUGCUGUUGAUGUUGCAGCUCGUGUAUAUCAAGCUAAAGUAAUAGCUAUCACUGAUACAGAAGUUAAUUCAGAGGUGACCAGGUCUAAGGGAGCUUUCCAAACCAUGCAUUUCCAUAAAAACCUCAGGAAAGAUAUAAAUAAGUUAUUGAAAAAUGAAGGAGCUCCUAUUAUUUAUGAUGCUGUUGGUGAUUACAUGCUUGAAGAGAUUGCUAAAUGCGUUUCUACCAAUGGUAAGAUUAUUUGCGCUUCCACCAGGUUGGGAAAUACCAUAGCUACACCUCCAGCGCAUUGCACUUUGAGCGUUGUUUCUUUAGAAGCUUUGCGCGCCCAGGAUUUGGACAUGUACAGGCAGAUGGUCUCAGAUACUCUUGAUAUGGCUGCAGAUGAGUUAAUCUCUGGACACAUCAGCGAAAGCUGCAGCUUGACUGAUGUCAAGAACGCAAUCACGCAUAUUGAUAGCAAGAAAUGCAGUGGCAAAGUCGUCGUCAAGAUAGACUAGUAUUGGCUAUAAUUAUAUUAUCAUUAUUUAUUGUUACCAAAUAUAAAAUAGAACUGUU